GACAUUAUAAAUCAAGAUGAUUGUGAUAAAGUUCUAGACUUUUUCUUCAAGUUUUAAAUCCAUAACAAUUUUCUUGUAUAUAUAUCCCAUCUCUCGUGCAAUUGUUCUUAUAUAUUUCCAAUCCCAUUUCUACCCCACACUACACCACUACACCACUGCAUCACUACAUCAAACCUCAAAUCCAACAAAAUGACAGACAAUACACCCACAUUUCACCACCUCAAUAACUCACAAUCCCAACGGAUCUUCUGGCUUCUAGAAGAACUUUCCAUUCCCUACAAUCUCCAAAGCCAUACCCGCAACCCCGCCACCGAUCCCAAGGCUCCUUUCCUCGCACCCCCAUCUCUCAAAGCCAUCAGCAAUUACGGAAAAGCUCCUUUGCUCGUCACCGGUCCCAAAGAUGGGAAUCGCUCUAUCCCCGAAUGCCUCGCCAUAGCCACUUACCUCAUCCGUACUUUCGAUUCCGCUGAUACCUUUGGUCUCCGUGAGGGCGAUUGGAUUCGUGAUGAAAUGCUACUUUCUGUCAUCAUGACUGAGUUAGGACAAUUGACAUAUGCGAUGCUGAUGCUUGAUUUCAAUUUUAUAGCUAAUGGAGCUGGACCUAUGGGGAAACUACUCGAUGGACCUGCUUUAAGGAAAGUAUUGGGGGUUUUGGAGAAAGAGUUGAAGGAAGGUCCUGAGGGAGGGUUCUUUAUGGGAAAGAAUCCUGGAAGAGCGGAUAUUAUGUUGGAGUUUCCUAUGACACUCAUUAAACAAAGAGGAUGGGUGGAUAUAGAGAAGGAAUUUCCGGCUUUGGGUGAAUGGUUAACGAGGUGUUAUGAGAGACCUGCUUGGAAGAGAAGUAUUGAAAAGGGAAAUGGGUAUGAUUUGACUACAUUUCCUCAAAAGGCACAUUUGCAAGCGCAGUUGUAAAUAAAGUUGGGUGAAAUGUAAAGUACCUAUGAGGACCUUGCCAGCUUCUUUCUUGUUUUGUAAAUCACGUUUGGGUCACGUGACGAUCCUUUCUUUAUUUCGCCGAUGCACAGUUUAAAUUUUACUCAUGUGGAAAUGUACGAUUUUGGAGAUCUUUGGCAUUAGAAGAGGAAUGAUGAUUUUUUCCAACUUACCUCUACCUAAUCAAUAGAUGGCCAAUUCUUCUACGCUGUAAUUUUGAUGGGUUUAUAUGAUUCUCCAUUAUUUGAAGAGUCCGGCUACAGACAGGGCAAUAAUGUCA